AUGAUCAUUGAACUACGUCGUUUAGGUGUUAGUCUAUUAUGCUUAGCAGUGGGUUUGAGUAUUGCAUCUCUGAUAACAAGCUUUUGGGAUUGUGGGAAUUUAUUCUCAUCAUGUCAGAAUACUACUUACAAGGAGACUGUAUCAGCUGUUGCUGGUCUAAUCAUUUUAGGCACUGUAUGCCUAUUAAUCAUCAUCUUACUGGAUGCAGUUGCAUUGUGUUCAGAUGUUUUCGCCUCACGUGCUCCUUAUAAAACUAACAGUUCAGUGUGGAUUAUACUACAAUCUACUUACUUCAAUAUUUCAAUUCAACAUCUACAUUAUUCUAAUCAUAAUGAGAGUUUAUGUAUUACAUCAUUAAGUACAGAUUAUUGGAAUUGUGGUAAUUUAUUUACAACAUGUCGUACUAUUGAAGAUCAAUUUAUCAUUUUAUCAAUGGCUAGUUUAUUUAUUUUAAGUAGUUUUUCUAUACUACUUAUUAUUUUAUUAGAUAUUAUAUGUUUACGUUCAGAGAAAUUUUCUUCACAUUAUGCUUAUAUAAUAAUACGUUUUAUAUUAUUAUUAAUAUGUGCUAUAGCAUUAUUAAUUGGUGUUUUAUUAUAUACAAUAUUGAUUGAUAAACAUUGGUCAUAUUUUUGUGCUAUAGUUGGAUCUGUAUUAGUAACAAUUGUAGUUAUAUUAACAAUUAUGUCAUGUCCAUGUACAAAUAAAGACGAUUAUACUAAUAAAACUUUUUAA